GUCGCCGUCUCGCCGCGCCGGGGGGGCGGGGCCUGGUGACGCGGGCGGGGAGGGGCGGGGCGUGCGGCGGGAGCGCGCCAUGGGGGCGGCGGAGCCUGACCGCUACCGGGACACGUGGGUCCGCUACCUGGGUUAUGCCAACGAGGUGGGCGAGUCCUUCCGCCCGCUGGUGCCGUUGCAGGUGGUGUGGGCCAGCUACGGUGUGGCCACCGCCUACGUGACCGCUGAUGCCAUCGACAAGGGCCAGAAAGCUGCCACUAGCCUGGCCUCAGUGGCCAUCCCUGGCUUCACCAUCAACCGCCUCUGUGCCGCCUCGCUGGCCCUGCUGGGCACCCUCACCCGCUGGCCACUGCCUGUGCGCCGGUGGACCACCACUGCCCUGGGGCUGGGCGCCAUCCCCCUCAUCAUCACCCCCAUCGACAGGACUGUGGAUUUCCUGAUGGACUCCAGCCUCCGCAAGCUCUAUGGGGCACCAGGAGAGCCCCCGGCGCCACACUGAGCCCCCCUGGUCUGGGGAAACUGAGGCAACACUGCUGAUCUUGGGGUGCUGUGACCCACCUACUGUGAACCCUUGCUCCAGCGAUGGCCUGGGAGCUGCCCCCCCUGUCCCAUGGCUGGUCCUAAUAAACCAUUUCAACCCUGA